AUGGCUUAUUAUACACCUAGGUAUGUACUGAAGCCUCUGAUGUCUUAUCCUGAUACUAUAGCAGAGGAUUUACUAUUCAUCAAAUUGAUUUUUGUACAUAAAACUUUUCUCUCUCUCUCUCUCUCUCUCUCUAUAGUGCUAGCUGGUGCUGCUGUUUCUGGGAUGCUCACUUGGGCAUGCAAUGUUAUAACUGGAGGGGUUAUUGGACUAUGGUCCUUAUCAUUUACAUGCUUGCUGAGAAGUUUGCUCAAUCUUCAACUUAUAUCAGAUAAGUUCUUUCACUUGUCCAACUACCCAGAUGACCAAACAUGUUUUAUAUCAGAUAAGUUCUUUCACUGGUCCAACUACCCAGAUGACCAAACAUGUCACUUUGUUGUUAUUAGCAUCCACGUCGGGAUUAGGGUAUUCAUGGAAGAUAAAUCUUUCAUGGUAUAA